GGGGCUUUUCACUGCGUUUAUGAUAAAAGGCAAACUCUUUUCCAUGGCCUGCAAGACCCUACAUGAUUGGCUCCACCUUACCUUGCCCACCCAUUUGGCAGUAAUCUUCUGGUUCACCAACUUUCUUUCAUAUCUUUCUCCAUUUCUAGAAUGGUUCUAAAAGAACUAUUCUCUUCAGCCUGUAGGGUCUUUGCUCAUUCCUUAAUCUCUGUUUGGGUCAUCUCCCCUACAAUUUCUUAUUUGGUUGACUCUCAUCCUUCCUACCUUAGUUUAACUGUCACUUCCUUGGAGAGCUCUGACUCCUGUUUAGAGGAGACCCUUAUUGUUCCUUUCCAUUUUUUCUUAGGUCUUAUCAUUAGUUGUGAUUAAACUUACGUGUUGUACAGGGUCCCUUUAAUAAAAGCCUGCAAGAAGAGAGGAUGUGGGGCAAGGAGCUUGCUUAUAAAACAUGACGUGAAAAUUGUUCACAUUCCUGCUGUCUGCAUCUGUUGGCCAAAAUUUUGUCAUAUGGCCAUACAUAGCUGCAAGGGAGGCUGAACUCUUUGUCAAUAUUGUAGACAUAAUGCCUGGUGUACAGUAGGAAUUCAGUAAAUAUUUGAUGAAUGAAUGAAUGGUUCCAUUCUAUGUUUUGGGAUGUAUAGCCAUAUCCUUUUCGGUCUGGUAAGCACAUGCAUCUACUUUCUUUACAUUUCAUUUUCUGUGUUUUUCUCUUUUCAGUUGAGCAUCAUGAAAGAUGAGCCAGAAGAGGCUGAGCUAAUUUUGCAUGACGCACUUCGUCUUGCCUAUCAGAAUGAUAACAAGAAGGCCAUCAUUUACACUUAUGAUUUGAUGGCCAACUUAGCCUUUAUACGGGGCCAGCUUGAAAAUGCAGAAAAACUUUUUAAAGCAACAAUGAGUUACCUGCUUGGAGGGGGCAUGCAACAGGAAGACAAUGCAAUAAUUGAAAUCUCUCUAAAGUUGGCCAGUAUCUAUGCUGCUCAGAAUAGACAGGAAUUCGCUCUUGCUGGCUAUGAAUUCUGCAUUUCAACUCUAGAGGGAAAAAUUGAAAGAGAAAAGGAAUUAGCAGAAGACAGUUUGUCAGUGGAAGAGAAAACCAAUACCCACCUCCUCCUUGGCAUGUGCUUAGAUGCUUACGCUCGCUACCUUCUGUUCUCCAAUCAUCCAUCACAGGCACAAAGGAUGUAUGAAAAAGCUUUGCAUAUUUCUGAGGAAAUACUGGGAGAAAGACACCCACAGACCAUUGUGCUAAUGAAUGACCUGGCUACCACCCUGGAUGCACAAGGCCACUUUGAUGAGGCCUGUGGUUAUGUGCAGAGGGCGUCAGAUCUGGCAAGACAAACAGAACAUCCUGAGCUGCACAGGGUGCUCAGUAAUCUGGCUGCAGUUCUGAUGCACAGAGAACGAUAUGCACAAGCAAAAGAGGUCUACCAGGAAGCGCUGAAGCAAGCAAAGCUGAAAAGAGAUGAGGUUUCUAUACAGCACAUCAGGGAAGAACUGGCUGAGCUGUCCAGAAAAAGUAGACCUGUGACUUAAUUUUAUCAAGCUCUAAAUCCCUUUUUGUUGUAGGAAAUAUCCAGUAACAGCGUAUAAUUCCAGUCUCAGUGGCACCCAAAUCAAUGGUUUAAAU